UGUUGUGGAAGACCGAUCAUUCCCUCACUUUUCUUCUUCUAAAGCAUUUGUAUAUAAACCCCUUCUCCCUUCUCCCUAAUUUUCAACUUCAACUCUCCUCACCAUUUUCUUUCUUUUCCAUUACUUCUAUCUGACUCCUCCAACUCUACUUGUUUACCUUCUGCAUUAUUCUUUUGGUUUGGUUGUCUUGUUGUAUCACACACUAUUCCACAUGGAGACAGUUGAGUUGAAAGUAGAGAUGGUGGGAAUCCAUGAGAAAAGGCUGAGAAAAUGUCUAUCAAAGUUGAAAGGGGUGGAGAAAGUGGAGGUUGACGCAAACAGCCAGAAGGUGGCGGUGAGCAGCUACAUUCACCGGAACAAGAUACUGAAAGCGAUUAGAAGAAGUGGUUUGAAAGCUGAUUUUUGGUCAGCUCAAAACGAGCUUCUUAAUGCAUAUGCCACCACUUAUGGCGCCUUCAGAUUCUCUCCCUACAACUCCUUCUUCUAGAAAUCUCUCCUUUCUUAUUCAUCCAUUUGCCACACCCUUUUUUUUUCUCUCUUUUUUGUUCAUGGGUUCGUUUAGGGUAUAGCAUAGCCAAUUAGGUUCUGUUUUUGCUUCUUCGUAAUUACUUGUAGAACUAUAUAUAUAUAUCCAAUCAAUACAAAUACAAUGUGAGGGUUCACAGUUUUGUAUUUUUAUAUUA